GGAAAAAGAACUCAAUCAAGAUGGCGGACGAGAAGCAGGUAUCAUCCCAGGGAGAGACCGAGGGAGUGAACUGCCUUGCAUAUGACGAAGCCAUUAUGGCACAGCAGGACCGUAUUCAGCAAGAGAUAGCCACCACUAACCCUUUAGUGUCGGACAGACAAGAUCUCUCUGUGCUUCAGGGUGAAUAUGCUGCAGAGGAUGCCAUUUACCAGCUCAAGAUAAAGGACCUUCACAAAAAGUAUUCGCACAUUCGUAAGACACGGCCAGAUGGAAAUUGUUUCUACAGAGCUUUUGGCUUUGCACAUUUGGAGUCACUACUGGACGACAGCAAAGAGCUGCAAAGGUUUAAAGCUGUGGCAGCUAAGAGCAAACUGGACCUUGUAAACCAGGGCUUCACCGAGUUCACUAUCGAGGACUUUCACAACACGUUCAUGGACCUGAUUGAGCUGUGUGAAAAGCAGCAAUCACUUGGUGAACUGCUAAGCUCCUUCAAUGACCAGAGUGUGUCUGACUACAUAGUGGUUUACCUGAGGCUUCUCACCUCGGGAUACCUGCAGCGGGAGCAUGUGUUCUUUCAGCACUUCAUAGAGGGCGGCCGUUCUGUUAAAGAGUUUUGCCAGCAGGAGGUGGAACCCAUGUCGAAAGAGAGCGACCACAUCCAUAUCAUUGCCUUAGCACAGGCACUGAACGUGUCCAUAUUAGUGGAAUACAUGGACAGAGGAGAGGGUGGAACGGUGAACAAUCAUGUCUUCCCUGAAGGAAGUGAGCCACGCAUCUUCCUGCUCUACCGCCCAGGCCACUAUGACAUCUUGUAUAAGUGAUACUCUGUAUAUUCUGUGGUUCCAUUGUGAAGAAACCAUACCAUUUCUACAGCCAAGUUGAGUCAUACAUGUGUAUGCGAGGCUAUGCUAUGAUUAAA